AUGGUCGGCUCAAAGGACCUGCAGCCUUCAAACGCUCGUUUUUUCCCCAAUGUCUUCUUCCACAAUCAAUUUCGUGCGAAGCCUGAAUGGCCAUCACAAACCACCAACCUCUCCGACAAGGUCGCCAUCAUCACCGGAGGCAACGCUGGACUCGGUCUCGAGGCCGCCAGCCAACUCUUGUCAUUCAAACUAUCACAUCUCAUCCUUGCCGUGCGUUCGACUAAGAAAGGAGAAGCAGCUGCCAAACAACUCCUGUCGCAGUACCCCAAAGCAAAAAUUGAGAUAUGGCCGCUGGAUAUGAGCUCGAUGGAUUCCAUCCGGGCUUUUGCUCGACGCGUCGAUACCGAUUUAUCUCGCCUGGACAUGGUUGUCCUCAAUGCCGGCGUACGCAAGCUUUCCUUCGAUACCGUUCGUAGCACCGGCCACGAGGAAACUAUCCAGAUCAACUACUUGUCAACUGUGCUACUCACCAUCCUUCUACUUCCUAGUCUCAAGAGCAAAUCUCCACCCGGGACCGCAGGUCGGUUAACAAUUGUUAACGCCGCACUUGCUCUCGCUGCUAAGUUUCCCAAUCGGAACGAAGUGCCCCUCCUGCCAUCCUUCGAUGACCCCAAGUACUUUGACCCCAUCGAUCGCUACAAUUCGUCCAAGGUCCUUGCGCACAUGUUUCUCUGGAAACUCGUCGACUAUGUCUCGGCCAACGAUGUUAUCGUGAAUCUACCAGAUCCAGGCUUCGUCAAGGGCACAGACCUGACCCGGGACGCCCGCGGGGGGCAAAAGGUAGCCGCCGCACUCUUCGGCGCGAUCACUGGUAGAACUAAGAAGGAUGGCGCUUCGACGUAUCUGGACGCCCUUGUGAACAAAGGAUCGGAGUCACAUGGAUGUUUUAUCAUGAGUUGGCAGAUCCACCCAUUCGCCGGCUUCUUAUACACACCCGAGGGAAAGGAGAUUACAGAAAGACUCUGGGAGGAAACACUGAGCGAAUUUGAUUUCGCUGGUGUUCGUGGUAUUCUGGAUUCCAUGAAACGAACUUGA